UCUAGUCACGUGACUGCCGGAGCACUUCCACCACCCCUGAAAGAAUCGAGCAGUUUUGUAAACAACCGUGCCAAAAAAUUAAAAAAAAAGGUGUGCGACCGCGAGCCAACCACUUCCUCAGUGUCGAUCGAGCUAACACCGAAUCCUCGCGCUCACCUGUCCGGUAGACAGGCCGCCUCAAUGCAUCACAGAGGACCGAGAACGCAGCGGGGAUCAUGGAUGUGUACGAUCUGUUUAGUAGUUGCAGAAAGGGCGACGUGUGUAGAGUCAGAUACCUUGUUGAACAAAGAGACGUGGACCUCAAUGUAAGAGAUAAAUGGGACAGCUCCCCUUUGUAUUAUGCUUGUCUCUGUGGUCAUGAGGAGCUGGUCCAGUACCUGUUGGCUAAUGGUGCCAAGUGUGAAGCCAACACGUUUGAUGGCGAGCGGUGCAUGUACGGCUCUCUGAACGAGUCUGUUCGACGUCUGCUCAAAGACUACAAGUGCAUCAGUGUGCGCGCCAUGCAGCGGGACGACUUCAACUACUUUCUGCACAUGUUACUGGAGCAGGGUCCACACAGCGACGUCAAGUUCCUGGUUCACGGACAAAUAUUCACGGCCCACCGCUGCAUUCUCAGCGCACGCUCAGAGUACUUCACUGAUAUGUUGGAGAGCAAAUGGAAAGGGAAGACCUUGAUCACCCUCAAACACCCUUUGAUCAACCCUUCAGCCUUUGGAGCCAUUCUGCAAUAUUCCUAUACAGGACGAAUGGAUAUUGAUAUAAGCCUCGUGGAGGACUGCAGACGACUUGCCAAACAGUGCAAGAUGGAAGAUCUGAUGGAGGAGCUGGAGAAUAAGUGCAAACAGCUGUAUGAAUUUGUGUCCAACAAGCCGGGAAUCUGUGUGAAGGUUCUCAGCCUGGAUCCUCACAGCUGUCAACUUCAGGAGGAGAUGGCCCAGUUAGCCGACUGUGCACUUCCCACUGAACUAAGAGUUGGAUUUGGUGAACUUCCCUUUAACAGAGUCGACCGCUUCCCUACUUAUCCCGACAUCUGCUUCAGAGUCGACGGUUUCAACUUCUUGUGCCAUAAGGCGUUUUUCUGUGGGCGUAGUGAUUAUUUUAAAGCCUUGCUGGAGGACCACUUCAGUGAGGGAGAACAGCUGCAGUCCCAGCCCAGCACCCCAGUGAUUACUUUACACAACAUCUCCCAUGAAAUAUUCAUCCACGUCAUGUAUUACAUCUACACCGAUGACACAGAGCUAAUAACAGAGAUCGUGUUUGACGUGCUGUGCGUGGCCGACAUGUAUCUGCUGCCCGGGCUGAAGCGUCUUUGUGGGAAGACGCUCUCUAAGACGAUCUGCGAGGACAACGUUCUGUACAUGUGGAAGAUGGCGAAGCUUUUCCGUCUCUCCCGGCUGGAGGAUAACUGCACAGAGUUCAUGGCUAAGAUCAUUGAGCGGCUGGUGGAGCAGGCCGAGUUUGCAGAGAUCAUCAAAGAGGACGCCGCGUCUGUGGAGGAGCGACAGGAGACGGACUCCGUCCCCUUGGUGGACGAAAUCCGCUACCACAUCACCGGCAACUUGCAGACCUACAGCGCGAUAGAGGAGGCCAAUCAGAAACUGGAGGCCUUAGAGGAGUUGCUCUGCAGCAUCAAUAUUUACUGCUGAGGGGCUCGACGGGUUGCGGGUUUGAAGUUUUUAAGUUUUUAUGCUUUGGGAGGGGAUCUACGGUGGUGCAAACAUAGAGAGAGGAAACUCGUCUCCGUGGGUUUUAUUUUAUUUACAGUAUAUUGUACAGAAUAUAUAUAUUUUCAGAAGACUGUUGUGAUGCAUAUUCAGAGAACGCUCUUAAGGUGGAGUCUGCGAUUCUGGAGAAAUAUUGUUGAUGUUUGAACUCAACACCUGAACGAAUCCUUUACUUUGAAUUUAGCGGCCCUCUCACUUCCACUGUUUUCUCUUUAUUCAUCCAAGUCCUCCUCCCUGUCCUGUGCACGAGCAUGAGCAUGAGCGCCCCCUGUUGCCGAUUGUAUGUAUGAACACCAAUCUUUGACAAAGAGAGUACUGGAUUAGAAUCACUGACUGCACCUUUAAAUACUUUUUUAAGUAAGACAUAUCAAAAGACAUUUGGUAUAUAGCACCAAGUUCUGUUUGAGGACAUUGUGUAUGAUGUAUUUACACAAGCAUGGGUUUGUUUUAGGCAUCAUUUUGUAGCUGCUAGAAUUUAGACUAGCUGGUUAUUUAGCUCUUUUAAACUGUACUUUGGCCCCAACAAAGUUCAGCACCAGCCCUCAAUUUAUGCUCCAUGAGAUUUAAUUGUAAUGCUCUUAGAAAGCCAAACGAGUGCAUGUCACCAAUGCACCGACACGCACUCGAUAACUCUGGGUAAAAAGACGGAACGGUGGAGUAGAGGUUCAGUUCAUUCAUCCAGAAAAUGUUUUUAACCUCAAUUUUUAUGUUAAGUUACAUAGAAUAUAGUUUUAUUAUGUAUUUCAUGUGCAGAAGCAUUCAACUUUUAUCAUGGAUUUGAUUGAAUGUGGCGGCUGAACUUCGACCUGUUACGUUGCUCCUGUUUCACACUUUAUUACUUAUUGAUGCACUUAUUCCCCUUUAACAUUUUCCUCCCCUUUAUUUAAACCUUAAAUGGAAAAACUAAUUUCCUGAUGGCUUGUAUGCGACAAACCUCUCUUGACCAGUGUGCGCACAAGAAAAUAAAUCUGAAAUGUUUGCAUGUAAAAUCCACCAUCCCAAAAAAAUGGAAAGAUAACUGCUCCUGGUUUUGGCAAUUAAACGUGGUAUUGCAAGA